CACUGAACAACUCCAUCACCAGCGACUUCGAAUUCCCUAAAUUUAAUCACAUUUCUCUCUGAAUCCUCAAUUCGUCGAUGGAUACUAUGACUUCUACCCCAAUCAAGGGCACCGGAGGCAGGCGAGGCGGCGAUAGGAAGAAAUCGAUACCGAAAUCCGUCAAGGCAGGUCUCCAAUUUCCAGUGGGGCGCAUCGCCCGAUUUCUGAAGAAGGGCCGCUAUGCCCAGCGCAUGGGCACCGGAGCUCCGAUCUAUAUGGCUGCUGUUCUGGAAUACCUUGCCGCUGAGGUGCUAGAAUUGGCCGGGAACGCGGCGAGGGACAACAAGAAGAGCAGGAUUGUGCCGAGACAUGUGCAGUUGGCUGUGCGUAAUGAUGAUGAAUUGGGGAAACUGCUUAGUGGCGUAACUAUUGCCAAUGGUGGAGUGCUGCCCAAUAUCAAUCCGGUUCUUUUGCCGAAGAAGUCUCAAGCUGAGGCGGAGGAGAAACCCCCUAAAACCAAAUCACCAAAGAAGGCUUAAUUUUGCUGUGCUGUUUUAAAUAUGUUUUUCCAGAUAUAUGUAAGCGGAGUAUUAGGCAGGUAGGAAUAGUUUAUGCAAGUAAAUAAUUUUCGAUAUGAAGUAUUGUCACUUUUUGUUAUCA